GGUGUGGGUGAAAACACAUUCACAUUUCCUACUGAAGAGUUCAGACUUCAAGUGCACCUUUGUGUGACAGUCACUGUCAGCAUGUCUGCUGUCUGGUUAAAGCUCCUAACCCUCCUUACCAUCCUCUCCUUCCCAGCCAAUAGUGGCCUAGUGAGCAGUGAAGUGGUAUGGAGAGAUCUUGGCAAAGCAGUCACUAUCCAGUGCAAAACUCCCAAACCAAACCAAGAGUACCUGACUCUGAAAAAGGGUCUCCGUGAGGAGUAUGACGUUUUGUACAUAGAUGGCAAGUCAGAAAAAAACACCAUUCACAAAGAAUUCAUGGGCAGACUUCAGUUAAAUGGCGUAUUCCCCGAUGUGGACAUUCUCAUCAAAAACUUGACCACUAAUGACACAGGACCGUACUGGUGCGUGUACAAGAAGUUUGACGUGGAGUCCAGUAAAACCCUGGAAAUGAAAGGCGAAGGGUCUGUUCUCCUGGUGGUGGCAGGUGGACCUCAGCAGGAUUCAGCAUGUCUCCAGUAUCACCCAUCAGACAAUAAUCUGGUCCUGGUAAUUGUGAUCUGUGCUGCGCUGCUGCUGGGCAUCAUCAUGUGCUUCCUCAUAUGGAUCAUCCUUAAGACCAAAACCACCAAAAGGCACACCAAAAAGAAACCGAGGCACGUCACCAACAAUGAUGUUUAUGAGGACAUGCGUGGAACAAUCAGACGCUAAAGAUGUCAGCUUGCAAGCAAGCAACAUGAAACCAUCCACCAUCUCUCUGCACCACUAAGGCGCAACUUAUGCAUGAGAAGCAAUGUUGCAACUCAGCAUGUUCUCUGUCAUCUCUUCUGGCCCUCUGUGUGUCUGGCUGAAAGACAGUUAAGAAAAUAAAGUCUAUGAAUUGCUAAAAGGUACAACAUGGGAACACCUCCACUGCCAAUGAACAGUUUGUCCAACAACAAAUAACCUUGAAAGUAUAGAGAAGUACAAAUGUCUUGUCUUUUAGUGGCAAGAAAUCAGAACUGGACUGUACUAGAGAUGUGAUAUGAUUUCUAUCUCUGUUGUCUGUCUGGCUCAGGUUAAACUCUUUGUGAAACAUUAACAAACACAAAC